AUGCAGACCACCCCGCGUGAGCUUCCCGCCAAGGGACCAGAACGACCAAGUUAUGUUCCCAAUAUACCCAACUUUCGUGAUGUUGGCGUAACUGUGAACAACUGGGUCGGUCGCAAGAUCUUGAAGGAAGGCGUUCUGUAUCGCUCCGCUGCUAUCGAACACGCCUCCCAAAUCGACCGCGAGCUUCUGAGGGAUAAGUUGGGUAUCCGCACCAUUCUGGACUUGAGACUUAAAUCAGAGCGAUCCACUGCGCAGGAGCAGGCGCAACUUGUCGAGGGGAAAGUCUAUGUUUCUUCUCAUAUCGAAGGCAUUCGCUACAACAUGGUUGACCUGAUCGGCAAGGACACCAAGAAAUAUCUGCUCAACCUGCUUGGCUGGGUCAGUUGGCUGCGCUUCUCUGUCCUCUACUACGUCUUGAGAAACCACAUGGCAGCCAAACGCAUCCUAAGCCGCGAGUUGUUGCGAAACCGCGGGAUGAAUGGGUUUCUGAUUGACAUUUUGGACCAUGGCAAAGCCCAGAUUUUGGAGGCACUGCGGGCAUUGGUUGGUCCUCCGACGUCGACGCCAAUAUUGAUACAUUGCGUGCACGGUAAAGACAGGACGGGCUUGAUCACAAUACUUAUCCUGCUGGCCUUGAACGUCCCUCGAGACGCAAUCGCCCACGACUAUCACUUUUCCGACCAGGGCCUGGUCGGACAGCGUGAGAACACCAGCAAGUACAUGGAAGCCCACGGACUCGAUCAGAGCUUUGCUACCACGUCUCAGGGCCUCGUUGGAGAACUGGACACGCACAUACGCCGCGUGUACGGCGGCAUCGAUGGAUAUCUCAGCGCAAUCGGCUUUACCGCCUCGGAGGCUCGUCGAUUGCGCGAGUGCCUUGCUGCUUGA